AUGGCAACGGGAGGUCAAUCACAUGAACCGUUUUUACGUAUACGCCUGUCAAAAUUUCACGAUGGAUCAAAAGUACAACCACUCAAAGAUUUAAAAGUUCGAUUGGAAACUCAAGAUGAAACCGGACUCAGAUGCCAGUUAUGUGAUAUUGUAGUACAUAAAAAAUGUAUUCAGAAGAUACAGCCGUGUAGAGGCACAAUGGUAUCGGGUGCACAUAUAGCUCAUCAUUUUGAACCGAUUACAAAUAUGCGUCCUCUUUUUUGUGAUCAUGAUGGAAACCUCAUUCGACCUCUGAAAGCUGUAAAAUGUACUGGAGAAAAGUCUACUCGGCUGACAGCUGAGAAAAGUCUUAAUACCCUUUAUAAUCAAAAUUACGGUACCUUUUGUGAUAUUAGUUCUGACGAUGUAUCAUUAAGCAUGUUCACACUUCGAGCUUCGCUCGGACAUGGAAUGAGCGGUGCAGUUUACUUAGUCCAAUAUCGUGGCAAUCAAUAUGCUAUGAAAGUAUUUCGAAAACAUCGAAUAUUAGAAGCACAAGAUUUUGAUUAUAUAAAAGCCGAACGUGAUGUUAUGAUACAAUGUCGAGAUAAUCCGUUUAUUGUGUAUCGAGAUUUAAAACCUGAAAAUGUACUUAUUAUGAGUAAUUCUAAUUUGAAACUAACCGACUUUGGACUGUGUAAGCAAAAUAUUGACAACAAUACUUUAACAAGUACAUUUUGUGGUACAGCUGAAUACAUUAGCCCAGAAGUCUAUCAGAAUCAACGUUACGGUAUUAUGGUCGAUUAUUGGGCGUUAGGAAUUAUGAUUUAUGAAAUGUAUGAACUCAAAACACCGUUUGUCAAUGAAAAUGAAGAUAUUGUAAAACGAAAUGUAAUUAAUGGAAAUGUUAUAUUUUCCAAUAAAUUUUCGGAUAAUGCACGAUCAAUUAUCGAAGGUUUAUUAGAAAAAAAUCCAGCAAAUCGCAUUGGAAAUGAGCGUAAUCCAUUAGCAAGACAACCAUUUUUUAUCGAACCGUACACGUUGGAACAAAUUGAAAACCAUAGAAUAAAAUCACCUUGGCAAAAACCAGUAAGAUCUUAUCUUGAUGCGUUACCAACGGCAUUGUCUAAGAUCGAUCCACAAAAUACAGUUCAAAUUAUGAGUGCUACUAAAUCAAAACAUCCCCCCCCGUUUCUUCGCAUUCAGAUAUUAAGUUUUAAAAGAAAUAAUCAACAAAUAGAUUUAAAAACACUUGAAACACAAGUUCAACUUAAACAACAGCAACGUUCAUUUGGAGACAAAAAUGAAAGUUGCCGAAUUAAAUACCCUCAAUAUGAUGAAAAAGGUCAAUGCAUUGUGUUUGAUGCUGGAGUAUCGACAAAGAGAGAAAUUGUGAUUCGUAUAGCUAGUAAAGCUAGUAUAGCUAGUAAAUCCACGAUUUAUGAAUAUCGAGGCGACUUGGAUAUUUUAAAAAAUAAUGCUGACGGGCUCCGGCAUCGCUAUGCUUUCACACGAAACGCCUCUGUCUAUAUGAUUAUCAAGUAUAAAAAUACAUCUGAAAAUAACAAUCGAGUUGCAGAAAGACGUCAACAUAUUUUUAAACAUUUUGGACAUGAAUUUGUUCCGAAAAUAUUUAAGACACCAACGUUUUGUUCGGUGUGCACUGAUUUCUUAUGGGGCUUUCGAUUUCAAGGCUAUCAAUGUCAACGAUGCGAUUGUGUCGUACAUAAAACGUGUUAUCAUCAAUUCGCUGGUGCUUGUAAGGGCAAAAAAUAUCAAAAUGUGAUGGUUCUUCUUGGCAACCAAGAUGAAACAAUGAACAGUUUAUGUUAG